CUAAAUUCAUAAUCUAACGAAGAAAUUAUUUGCAGGCUAACGGGGAGGGACUUGACUUCACUACAAGAUCCUCCGCUGCCGCUUCGACGAGGCUGUUUAUAGAACAAAGCUUUGCCCUACUCGCCUCGGAUCGAUCACAAAUAACUGUUUCCUGGUAUUGAAAUUCAGAUCAACAUCGGCAGAAGCUAUGGCUGGUUAUUCCUCCGCUGCUUCUGAGAAGAAAUCGACUGAGGCGGCCGACGAUGUACCGAUCUUCAAUGCUGAAAAUUUGCAAAACAACUUGAAGAUUAUAUAUUACAGCCGGACGUUUUUGUCUAUAAUUGGUGGAGUAAUUGCUGGAAUUUUGGGAUUCACAGGCCUGACUGGAUUUAUAUUAUAUUUCCUAGUCAUGGCAAUUACUUCACUUGGACUUGCAGCUAAGGCUGGAUUUUCUUUUCAUUCAUAUUUUGAAAGCUGGAACCAGAUUCUACUUGAUGGCUUUCUGAGUGGGCUUAUGUCGUUCGUGCUCUUCUGGACAUUUGCCUACGAUAUUGUUCACAUAUUCUGAGUCUGGAAUGCUGGCUGGAAUUCGAAUCCUUGAGUAGCUGCAGGUUUCGGUACAACUGAGCUCAAGAUGGGGAAUUAACAACGAAACGAUAAUUAGAUUGAGUUAUAUAUUUUGAUCCAUUUCCAACUCCUAAUGAUAUUGUGGCAAGUUUAUUUCUCAUUACCAUGUUUAGAAAGUGUUCAAGAUCAGAGCAGGAUUCUCUGUGCUGUAUCAGUAAAGAUAGGCAUAGUUUUUAUUUAUUCCUUUUACCAGUUUGUGAGAUUAUUUGUUCAGCUAGAGUUGCACUUAUCUUAUAUUCGUGGUCUUUUAAAUGCGUUUUUUCCCCGGAAAGGCCUUAUAAAUGUUCACGAGAACUCGUAUGGGAUUGCUUGGUAAAA